GGGAGUUCAUCACUCAGCUGACUACUUGCCAUCGAAUAUCCAGUUCUAGCCCCGAGGUAUUGCCAAAGAGUUCUUUCAAGCUUACGACAACUUCAAGAUGAAGGCUGCGGUGGUGCUUUUGGCCUUCUUGCUGGCCGGUACGUUCAUUCUGAACGCACACAGCGCAGCUGUUCCGGACGCAGAGGCGAGUCUUAGCGAGGUCUUUGGCGAUGACGUCACACAGGACGCAGACGCCGACCGAGAGGAUGCUCUGGAGGCCGACGAUGACAAUGACGAUGACUUGGCAUUAGAUGAGGACAUGGACGGAUACGAGGAUGAAGGCACGGAUGAUGAUGAUAGCAGCAGUAGUAGUAGUAGUAGUAGCAGUAGUGAUGAAGAUGAGGUGGCUGACGAUGAUGAGUUCGACUACGACGAGAACAACCUGGAAAUGGAAUCCAACGGUGCAGUGGAGGCGUUCAAUAUCAACGAGGAGCAGGACGAGAACGAAUACUUCUCGGGCAAGCACGCAAGAAAUGGCGGUCGCGGCAAAAGGCUCCGUCACUACAAAUCCUAUCAUGGACAUGGUCACGGACAUGGUCACGGACACGGUCACGGUGAUGUCGGAUACCAUACACACUACCCGAGCUAUCCAAGCUACCCCGUACGCACACGAAUCUUCCCUGCUGGCUCAAGUUCCAGCGGCAGCAGCAGCGGCAGCAGCAGCGGCAGCAGCAGCGGCAGCAGCAGUGGCAGCAGCAGCGGUGGCCGCCGAAACCGAAACAGGCGCAAUCGCAAGUCGCGCAAGGGUCGCAAGUCUCACGGAGGUCGCAAGCAUAACCGUGGUCGCAAGUACAACCGCGGUCACAAGUCGCACGGAGGUCGCAAGUAUAACCGCGGUCGCAAGUUCCGACGAGGUGGUGGAUCAUCAUCUUAAUUCAGAUGUUGCAAAUGCAUUGAUUGCUGGUCUGUGUUUAUCCUCUGUCAUGUGCCGACACGUACAGAGGCACGUUUGUGAUCAGAAUCAUCACAUUAUGAGAUAAUCGCAACCUCUAUCCCCUCCCCAAACUACCAGAAGUUCAAUUAUAAAAGAGCGAUGUAUUUCACUUUAGAAGUUAAAAAGAUGCUAUGAUCUAUCAUUUCAUAUUACCUCCCUCCUUCUUCCCUAGCCUUCCCCCCCCCCCCCCACACCGCCAACUCACACACACCCGCACACAGAAUAGUCUGCACGAUGCACGUUUUCAAUUCCCCUAAUCUGGCCUGCCAAUUUAUUGCAACAAAAUUUCAUGCUCGAUUUCGGAGGAGUGCUGUACGUAUUUGGAUGCUAUGGAACAACGAAACAUUA